AUGUCUAAUAUAUCAACCUUCUUAACAAAACAAGAAUGUUUACGUGAAAUAAUCAGUAUUGUAUUUGCAUGCCCGUUACGAAAAUCGUGGAUAUCGUAUCUUGACUCAUUAACAAUUCGAUUUCAGUGCUUAAUGGAGCACAUAAUUCCUAAUCUAGUAACACCGAAAGUUCAUUUCAUAACUGACUAUGCAAAGCAAAUUGCAAUGAACGGCCCACCUAUUCGCCAUUGGUGUAUGCGAUUUGAGUUGAAGCACAGAUAUUUCAAACAACUUGCCACGAAAUCUAAUAAUUUUAAAAACAUAAUCAUUUCACUAUCUAAACGUCAUCAACUACAUCAAUGUUUUCUAUUGUCCUCGUGGAACUACUUUCAAGCGAAUGAGCAAUUUUCUUCGCCGAAGCAGGUUAAAUUAAAUGAAUUAUCAGCAGCUGUUCGUCAACUAUUACAUGACAAUAUUGAAUAUUUUGAUUAUGCAACACAUAUAUCAGAAUGCCAACAGCUGGCACAUGAUCAUGUAAAAAUCAUGAAAGGAUCUGUAUUUGUGGAUACUAUAUCACAUGAAGAAGAAGUACCUUCAUUCAUGCAAUUGGCUUUUAUUUUCAAGAUAAAUAAUAAAUGGGUAUUAAUAGUCGAACAACUUCAAACUAUUGCAUUUGUUGAAACUCUAUGGUCAUUCGAACUCGAAAGAACACGUAUAUUAUUGAUCAAAAAACCGAAUGAUUUAAUUCUUAUAUCACCUAAAGGAUAUGAUAUUUAUCAAGUGAAAAAUAAAUCAUAUGUUAAUAUUCUUUCACGUCUAACUAAAAAAUAA